ACUUCUACGUAAUGAAUUACAGGUGUUUAACACAGCGAAAAUAUGGCAAUGAUCAACCGCACACAACAGUUGGAAAUUUUUGUUUAAAUUAUUAAAUUCCUUUUAUAAAAACUCCAGCAGCUGGUUGGACCACUUGCUCGGAAAAGGAAGCAAAGAACAAAAUUUUUGGACUGUUGUUUAUAUCGCUGGUUGUGACUUUGAAAAGGAGAAGAUAUACAUUCAUACAGGUAAAAAAUGGAGACCUUGUUUCAAAUUACUUUGGUUUUGCCCAUCCUGUCACUUUCAACAUGUCAACAUUCUGUUAUUGAUUGCAGUGGACCUACGGAUGAACAAAUUAUGAAUUAUACUUUAAGUAAAUAUGGAAUAAAUGAAUCUCUGCUCACCAAUAAAAGUUUAUUCCAUAAAGAUUUCAUCUGGAAGAUACAGAUGGCUAUUCUUAAUCUAAUGACGGAUAGCCUUUGUUUAUACCAUGUAUCUCAUGACAGUAUGUAUGUUUGGUCACUGCGUGUAUUGAACGAAGAGAUUACAAAGAACUGCGAAAAAAGUGGAGGAGAGUUUAUAGAACGAACUGGAAUCUGUAUGUUAUCCAAUGGUACGCACAACUUCUCCAUCCCAAUGAAGAAUUUGAUAGAUUCUAAGAUUUCUUAUGCUGUUGGAAUCGGUGGAAAUAUUUUUAGUAUAAUAACAUUGAUUAUUUUGCUGGCCACGUACUUCUUGUUUUCUGAAUUGAGAACAUUACCAGGUAAAAAUAUCAUGGCGCUAUCCUGUUGUGUUCUUAUAGUUCACACACUUCAAUUGGUGAUAACAAUUGGAAUCCAUGGUGGUUUUUGUAUUGCAAGUGGAAUAUUACUGCAUUUUGUGAUGUUGAAAAGUUUCUCGUGGAAAGUAAUAUCAUCAUUUGAUUUGUGGUAUACGUUUUCAAGGAAUUUCUUAAGAGAUAACCAAUGGAAGAAAAAGCAAUUUAAAUAUUAUCUCAUCAUCUCCUUUGGUUGUAGUGGUUGUGUAAUAUUUAUAUCACUAAUGUUGGAGUACGCAGGGAAUUGUGGAAUGGGAUAUGGCGCGCAUAAUCAUUGCUUCAUUACAAAACUACUUCCACAUUUUCUUCUUUUUAUCCUUCCAAUUUUGUUAAUCGUUGUAUGCAAUAUCUUCGCUCUAAUUAUUACCAUCCGAAACAUUUCUAAGGCUAAGAAAUCCACUAAGAUGGUUCACCAGUCUUCACACAAUGACGUCAUGUUUCUUUCAAGAAUGUUCAUCAAGAUAUCGAUAGUCAAUGGAACAGGAUGGUGUUUUGGGUUGCUUGGUGCAUUUAUUGCGUCUUCGUUUUGCAUGUAUAUAUAUCUCAUCGUUGUUAACUUUCAAGGAUUUUUCAUUUUUUUAGCAUUUUGCGUCAACAGAAGAAUAUUUAAGCUUUAUUGUCAAAAAUACAGACAGCUUAAAUCUAAUUAUACAUUUGAAAAUACUUUUGCAAGCUUUGGACACGAUAGCCACGAAACACAGGAUAACCACGAAGCACACGAAACGCACUAUGCACACGAAACGCACGAUAAUUACGUCAUACCGGAAGACAAUCAAGUGGAGUCUUCUAUUUGAUAUUUGUUUUUCUAUAAACACAACUGAAGAUACCACCAUCCUUUUGCAACCAAUCAAACCUACUAGCAAGUAGUGAAAUUUUUCAAAUUUUAACGAAAGUUUGAAUUACGUUGUUGGCCUGUGUAUACACAAGGAGUAGUGUACUACUACAAACUGCUAUAUAGCUUAGAAUGUAACUGUAAAAUGUUUAUUUUAAUUCCGUUGUUCAAAAAGUAUUUAUCUUUUAUUAACCCUAUUAUACCUGAGCUUUUUUGGCCCUUGUAACCCUGAGGAGGGGGGGGGAGUGCCCGCGGGUCAUAAAUCCUGAACCAGUUGUGCUUAAGUGAUGAAACUUGGCUCAGUUGGAGAAUGUAUUAGUGCAAACUUAAUCCAGGUAUAAAUAAUUUGAUGACGUCAUAGGGAUUAGAAAUGACGUCAUUUCGGCAAGAAAAUUUCUUACCUUAACGAUAAAGAUAAAAAGGCCCAUUCUACCAGAAAUAUUGAUGCUCAUGUCAUUAAACAUGGCACAUAUGUAGAAGAGAGCAUUUAAAGAUAAUCGAUGCAAGGAAAGCAAUAUAAUGACGUCAUUGGGAUCCGAAAUGACGUCAAUAUGCUGGAUCGAUAAUUCCUUCUUAAUCUGGUCUGCUUUUUGUCCCUAGCAACCAUAUAUCACCUUAGCAACACAUUGGUUACCACUUAGUAACCAACAUACAUGUAAUAAAUAUUUAUAUACUCAAUACAACAUCUUAUAACAUUCUUACAUGAAUGUCAACGGUUUUCAAAAUUCCAAAAAAUUUACCCCUGUCCAAAAAAUGCAAUACCCCCAGCAAAGUACCAAAUCUUUCCAAAAUUUUUUUUUUUCAUCAGAAGACCUAAUAAAAGUUAGGAAUAGUCACAACAUUUUAGCACUUAAUCACAUGUGUAUCUAAAGUUAUGCCUAGUCAAAGAGGCCACGGGCACUUUGUGCUCCCCCCAUGUAUAAUAGGGUUAAGGGAGGAUACAAAAUUUAGUCAAAAAUCAUAUUACUGAAAUAUAAAAAGUUUGAAUAUGUUUUCAAUUUUUUAAAGUUAGAAUUUUGGUAACUGCCAUAAUAUGCCAUUCACAAUUUGAUAUAUUAGGUAUGGAAGCAACAUUUUAUAGGAGACACUAGUUUUCCGUGCUAGGAUUGGUCAAUACUGCGAUAUAUAGAAAUUUGAUCUUUAAUUUGUAUAUCCAAAUGCAUUUUUAAUGCUAGAUAAAAUCUCUCUUGGAUUUAUUUUUUCAAUUUAAUGGCAAAAUAUUAUAAUUAUUGCGAGAUUUAUCUAGACUCUCCCUCUAUUUUGGGAAUUUAUUUUUAC